AUGAACAUAUUAAAUGAUUUAGAAUCCUCCCAAAAAACAGAGAUAAAGCAAAUAAAUAUUAUAGCGGGCUAUGGUUCAUCUAGAUUUUCAGGCGUGCAAUUCACAGUUAAUAUCCCUAAUGGGCGUAUGAAUGGUGAUCUAAGCUUCGCACAAUUUCCUAAUCUUAUGAAAAUUACUUUUUCGAGUGGUAUCAAUGUCGAUGAUCUGGGUAGUAUCGAUGUCAAUAAAAAUGAAGAGUUAUGCUGGUUAAUUUUUCAGGGUCACUGCAAUUUUAUGAACACAUAUUGUAAAUUGCUUGUUAAUGAAAGGCAACUUGAUCAAGUAAUAGUAUCUUACUAUGAUAAUGGAUUCAAAAAAGAAAGAAUCAGAAAUCAAUGUCUAAUACCUUACCGCAUACCUGAAGAUCGAAAAUUGGAGCAAUUAGAAGCAGAAGUAAAAAAGUUGCAACAACAUCUCGCCGAAAAAAAUCAACAAAUAAAUGACUUACAAACGACAACAAAAAAGUUUUGA